AUGUUGAGAGGGCUUGUGUGUCUCUGCGCAUCCGCGCAGCUCGUGCUAGGGCAGAAGUGUUGGCGGGACACGCCAUGCAGCUCCGUCACCGAAGCGGCUUUUCCUGGCCCCUGGGAUGAUAACAUCUACGCUCCCGCCUCGCGCAAUGUCGCGCCAAAGUCGAUAUUGUCCGUGAAAGAUGGCAACAUGAUUUCUUCAUACCCGGGCGACGACAUGAAGCUGCAGGGCAACGGCUCCAGCCUCGUGUUUGACUUUGGUCUCGAAGUCGGCGGCAUCGUGACCGUCAAGUACACGGUGUCCGGGGAAGCCGGCGGCGGCGGCGCGGUGGGCUUGGCGUUCACCGAAGCCAAGAACUGGAUCGGCGAGUGGUCCGACGACUCCAACGGCUCGCAAAAGGGCCCCGACGGCGCCAUCUACUCUCAUUUCACCACCAGCGGCGACGUCGUCUACGUCAUGCCGGACGAGAAGCUGCGCGGCGGGUUCCGCUACAUGACGCUCUUUCUCAUAUCGCCGGCCGCUACAGUCGCCAUCGAGGACGUGUCCCUGGAGAUCGGCUUCCAGCCCACGUGGCCCAACCUCCGCGCCUACCAGGGCUACUUCCACUGCGACGACGACCUGCUCAACAAGAUCUGGUACGCCGGCGCCUACACCCUGCAGACCAACGCCGUGCCGACCAACGCGGGCCGGCACUCGCCCUUCCUGCGCACCGGGUGGGCCAACAACGGCACCAUCGGCAGCGGCAACACCGUCAUCGUCGACGGCGCCAAGCGCGACCGCGCCGUCUGGCCGGGAGACAUGGGCAUCGCCGUGCCAUCGGCCUUCGUCAGCACGGGCGACCUCGAGUCCAUCCGCAACGCCCUGCAGGCCGUGUACGACCACCAGAACGCCGACGGCUCCUUCCCCGAGGCGGGCCCGCCCUUGCUCCAGCAGCACAGCGACACGUACCACAUGUGGACCAUGGUCGGCACCUACAACUACGUCCUCUACACCAACGACACGGCCUUUCUCGGCCGCAACUGGGCGGGCUACCUCCGCGCCAUGGCCUUCAUCACGGCCAAGCAGACGUACCCCUCGGGCCUGCUCGACGCCAGCGGCACGCGCGACUGGGCCCGCUGGCAGACGGGGUUCAACAUGACCGAGGCGCAGGUCAUCCUGUACCGCGCCCUGACGACGGGCGCCGACCUCGCGCGCUGGAGCGGCGCCGGCGACGCAGAUACCCUGGCCGAGUCGUGGCGGCGGCGCGCGUCGGCCCUGCGGAACGCCACCCUGGAGUACUGCUUCGACGCCGCCUACGGCGCCUUCAAGGACAACGCCACGGACACGGCGCUGCACCCGCAGGACGCCAACUCGAUGGCCCUGCUCUUCGGCGUCGUCGACGCCUCCUCCGCCGCCGCGCGGGCGAUAUCCGAGCGGCUGACGCGCAACUGGACCCCGCUCGGCGCCGAGCCGCCCGAGCUGCCGGGCAACGUCUCCCCCUUCGUAUCCUCGUUCGAGGUCCAGGCGCACCUCGCGGCGGCCCGGGCGGACAGGGCGCUCGAGCUGGUGCGGCGCAGCUGGGGGUGGUACCUGCGGCACCGGAACGGGACGCAGAGCACCGUCGUCGAGGGGUACCGCGUCGACGGCACGUUCGGGUACCGCCGGGACCGGGGCUACGGCGGGGACCCGUCGUACGUGAGCCACGCGCACGGGUGGUCCAGCGGGCCGACGAGCGCGCUCACCGAGUUCGUGCUCGGGCUCAGCGUCACGGGCGUGGCUGGGAGCCGGUGGAGGUUCGCGCCGCUGUUUGGGGACCUGGGGAGGGCCGAGGGGGGGUUCGUCACGGGGCUGGGCAGGUUCCGGGCGAGUUGGGUCCGGAGUAGUGGUGGUGGUGGUAGUGCUGGGAGGAAAGGGGGGUAUGAGGCUGUCGUUGAGACGCCGGCGGGCACGGAAGGGGUGGUUGUCCUGCCUGUUGUUGCGGAGGGGAGGAAGCCUAGGGUCGAGGUCGAUGGGAAGGUUGUCUGCGGGAGGUGGGAGAGGAAAGGGCAGAGUGUGGUUUUGCCGAUGAAGGGUGGGAAGCAUGGUAUUGUUGUCAGUUAG